AUGGACCGAUCAAACAAACCCUCAGCAAUUGGACUGGGAGCUUCCCUUCCGCAGCCCACCCUCUCCAUCAAGGACAACAUCAUUGAAGCUUCGUUGCCCACUGGCCAGUCAGUGACUGUGAACCUGUAUGGCGCUACCGUGACCUCCUGGAAGACCGGCGGCCAGGAGCAGCUGUUUGUCAGUGAGAAGGCUCAUCUCGAUGGCUCCAAGCCUAUCCGUGGUGGCAUUCCGCUGGUGUUCCCGGUCUUCGGCCCCCCUCCCCAAAACCAUGCUACCUCGCCCCUACCACAACAUGGCUUCGCUCGGAACUCCAACUGGGAGUUCUUGGGCAAGUCCUCUUCGGAAGCGCCCGGAAGGGAUAGCGACCAAACCGAUCUCACCGUGAAGUUAGAUUUCGGGCUGUCGCACUCGAUGCUGACCGAUGAGUUCCGCCAGUCUUGGCCAUAUGAGUUCGGUCUGGUGUACAGUGUUACCCUCACCACGGACUCACUGGAGACAGCGCUGCAGGUUCGCAAUGAGGGCCAGCAGAACUUUGAGUUCCAGGUGUUGAUGCACACGUAUCUGAACAUUGCGGAUAUUUCCGAUAUCCGUGUUAAGGGCCUCGAAUCCAAGACCUACCUCGAUAAGACCCUCGAAGGGACUUCUCACACCGAAUCGUCCCCCGCAUUGGCGAUCACCCAAGAAACCGAUCGCAUUUACCAACAACUUGACCCCGCCGUUCCUAUUGUCGUUGCAUCUGCGAAGGAUGACCAGCCUUUGUUCUCGAUCACUCGGGAAGCCUUGACUGAUGUUGUGGUCUGGAACCCGUGGAUUGAAAAGGCCAAGGGCAUGGCCGAUUUCGGCCCAGACGAGGCUUACAAGAACAUGAUCUGUGUGGAGGCUGGCUCGGUGUCUGGUUGGCAAACCCUUGAAGCUGGAGAGGCCUGGGAAGGUGGACAGAGCAUUAAGUCGCGACUAUGA